AUGGUUGGCCAUCAGCCAAAGACCAGUGGCGGCCAUCCACUUGGCGGCUAUCGCUUGAUCAUAAACCAGGCGCAGGAACUCGAGGCGCCAAAGACCAGUGGCCCCCCGAAGACGAGUGGUAGCCAACCACCUGGUAAUUUUCGCUUGAUCACUAGCCAGCUGCAGGAACUCGAGACGCCGAAGACCAAUGGCGGCCAUUUACCUGAAAAAUCUCGUUUGACCACCAGCCAGCUGCAGGAACUCCAGAUGCAGAAAUCCGAAGAAGAAAGAGAGUCUAUCCCUGGUAUACCCGCGAUCGAAACAAGCAUGCCUUGGGAGAUGGUGCCCAAGGUUCUAGCUCAUGAUUUGUCGCGGGACAAGAACCAACGCGCCGCUGAUGCCCGCAGCAGCCUGCCUGCUUGGAGCGGACAGCGCACCGGCGCUCAUGACCCCAACCCGUUUGUUAAUGAUGGAAAUCGGGACGUGAAGAGCCCACCUGGCUCUGCCCUCUAUAUUCCGCCUGCGAAUGCGCCGAGUGGUGGAAAUAUGAACCCUUUUGCCGGUCCUUCGGCGAAGAACAUGAACCCUAGUCAAAUCACCCCCAGCGACCUGACUGGAGUUCCUCUUGGGGACACCGUUGCUACGGGAGGCACUGGGCCGUUGGGACCACAGGACUGCCCCUGGGACAACUAUGAUGAGAAGUUUGCGGGCCCUAAGGUGGAGAUUCGUCGGAACAACAUCAUCAUCACGGACCAGACUCGGCGCACUGACAGCGCUGGCAAUGACAUUUGCACUGAGAAGGGUCUCCUCACUGCUCUGCGAACCGGCACGAUGACCGAAGUGGAGGUCAAGGCUCACAUCAAGCAGCUUCAGCAGCCGAUCAUCGAUGAAGCGCGCCUGCAUGUUUUCCACCGGAUGCAGGAGCCUUGCGGCGCUUGCACCGAGGCGCUCCCCAGCGUCCGCACCGGUCCUGGCACCGACUUGAACGAAGAACUUUACCACAUGCUUGGUGCUGCGCGGUACGCGCACGGAGUUGAAGCUCCCGAGGUGUGGGCUGAGAAUCCGCCCGACGUGAUCCCCGGUUUUGGGUAUGAAGAGGUCGACCCGGACGUGAAUUGGAAGAAGGUCCGACAGGGAACCGCCAUGUUCUAUGCUCAGUGGGAUCGAUACGACGAGUCUGCGCGCGCAUGGCCCCAGCUUGUGGAGGGAAAAGUUUCGUUGACCGCUGGACGCCAGAAGGGCAUCAUGUAUGAACCUCUACCCUUCCCGCAUCUCCCCCAGACUCUUGGGUUCAGCGAGAUCGCCCCGGAGAACAGAGGACCGUGGACUGCGAAUUGGAACUUUUGCCCUUCCUACAACGGCGACCGCGAGGCCUUCUUUCGCGUGUUCUGGCGCUGGUUGGAGAUGAUUCCGGAGGAGUGCCAGGUUGUUGACAUCUACCACACCAGCUUUUUUGAUGGCACUGCCAGCUCGGACGGAGGCUUUUCAUUGUUCAUGCAGAACAUCAAGCAUUUGCCGACCCCUCGAGACAUGCAGGAGGAGCAGACCCGACUGCACUGGCACGAGACUGCCACGGGCUUCAUUCACAACUACAACUAUCAUCUCGCAAAGGAGAAGAAGGCCGAAGCAGCCAGAGAGAAGGAGCGACAGGAACAGGAUGAGCAGCGAGCUUUGGCUCUCAUGAAUUUGCGGGUUCCGAAGGCUGUUGAGGCAAAUGUGUAUCUGCGCCCUGCCGAGUUCAGCGACAUCCCCGGUCUGCAAUACCUUUUCAACUGGUACAUGGAGAACUCGCCUAUCAGCCCCGAGAAGCAUCCUCUCGCAGAGGCCGAUAUUCGGAGCCUGAUUGAUGGCGCACGUACCACCCUGCUGCCGUUCAUUGUCGCUGUUCAGCGCCAUUGCCGCAACAACCCCAAGAAAGACCGAGCUUCGACGGAGAAGAUCCUGGGCUAUGCUUUCGUUAAGCAUUUCAACGAGAGCAACAGCGCCAACAGCAACAUUGGUGAGAUGCGCGUGUUCGUUGAUCAUAACCACAAGAAACAGCACCUUGGUCGCGCUCUGGUUGACCGAAUCCUGAUGACUGUGGACGUCACGCACCAUGGUUCGGGAGGCCAUGAUUUCCAGCCUGGCGAGCACUAUCGCUCGCUGCACGCAACCCGUCCAUUCACCACCAUGAUUUGCGCCAUUGCCUACCCGGCCGACAAGGAGGCCAACUACACCUGGACCAAGCAGUGGUUGAUUCGCGAGUUCGAUUUCCAAGUGCAGGGCGUUAUGAAGGGGGCGAGACUGAAGCUGGGUGACCUGUAUGUUUUCUUCCACCCUCCAAAAUCAUGA